UUGUGUGCUUCCAGUGGACGGAAGUAGCUGUUGGGAGAUUUUAGACGCUUUAAAUUCCUGCGGGUUGGAGGCCCUGGCUUUCUGCUGGAGUCAGGCGUCGCACCCGCAUGGCUGUGGACGUGAAGUCUCGAGCGAAGCGCUAUGAGAAGCUGGACUUCCUCGGGGAGGGACAGUUUGCUACGGUCUAUAAGGCCAGAGAUAAGAACACCAACCAGAUUGUCGCCAUUAAGAAAAUCAAACUUGGACACAGAUCAGAAGCUAAAGAUGGUAUAAAUAGAACAGCCUUAAGAGAGAUAAAACUGUUACAGGAGCUCAGUCAUCCCAAUAUAAUUGGUCUACUUGAUGCAUUUGGACAUAAAUCUAACAUUAGCCUUGUCUUUGAUUUCAUGGAAACUGACCUGGAGGUUAUAAUAAAGGACAGUAGUCUUGUGUUGACACCAUCCCACAUUAAAGCCUACAUGUUGAUGACUCUUCAGGGGUUAGAAUAUUUACAUCAGCAUUGGAUUCUACACAGGGAUUUGAAACCAAACAACUUGUUGUUGGAUGAGAAUGGAGUUCUGAAACUGGCAGAUUUCGGCCUGGCCAAGUCAUUUGGGAGUCCCAAUAGGGCUUACACGCAUCAGGUUGUGACCAGAUGGUACCGGGCCCCUGAAUUACUGUUUGGAGCUAGGAUGUAUGGUGUGGGUGUGGACAUGUGGGCUGUUGGCUGUAUAUUAGCAGAAUUGCUUCUAAGGGUUCCUUUUUUGCCUGGAGAUUCAGACCUUGAUCAGCUAACAAGAAUAUUUGAAACCUUGGGUACACCAACUGAAGAGCAGUGGCCGGACAUGUGUAGUCUUCCAGAUUAUGUGACUUUUAAGAGUUUCCCUGGGAUCCCAUUGCAGCACAUCUUCAUUGCAGCAGGAGACGACUUGCUCGAUCUCAUCCAAGGCUUGUUCCUGUUUAAUCCGUGUGCUAGAACCACAGCUUCACAGGCAUUGAAGACUAAGUAUUUCAGUAAUCGUCCAGGGCCAACACCUGGAUGCCAGCUUCCAAGACCAAACUGUCCAGCGGAAGCCCUAAAGGAACAGCCAAAUCCAGCCAUGGCAACGAAACGAAAAAGAACAGAGGCCUUAGAACAAGGAAUAUUGCCCAAGAAGCUAAUUUUUUAGUUACAGCCAACAAUGGACAGUGUUUCACUGCUGAAAGAAAUAAUCCAAAAGGCAAAUAAUAGAAAAAAAAUAGGGAACAUUAAAUGCUGUAGAAGAGAACUUGUAAAUAUUCUACACAUGUAAAAAUAUGUAAAAGUAUGGUUAUUUUUAUUAAAUGUAUUUUAAAAUAAAAUAUUUGUGAUUUUUGAUUAACAUACAGAAAUAAGUCCAGUUCUCUGAAAUGUAAUUCACAGUGCUUUAGGAGAUCUGUAGCUCUGGAUGAUACACCACCUCAAGUUCAUUAGGAGUAGUAUUUAAAACAGAAAAAUACUGUUAACAGUUUUGCUGGUACUAACCACUACCCAGACUAAGUAGACCUGAGAAGAUAAAACUGACACCUCACUUAAUACUUUUCCACUUGGAACUCACUGUGAUCCUCCUGCCUCAGCUCUUGAGUUGUUUUGGUUAUUCUGGCAUGACCAGCCUUCUUAAUUCUUUCCAUUCCAUUCCUUUUUACCGUCCCCAAGGAAACAGCUUUGGGGAAAUUUGUGUUUAUCAUUCCAUGGUUUUAUACUGUUCCCUUCAGAGAACUCUGUCUCCCCUAUGUUAGCUUUGAUCCUAGCAUGUGAAGGGGUAGAUCUCAGAGUUUAGCCUGGUCUGUGCAUACUGAGUUCCAGGCCAGCAAGGGCUACGUAUAACAUUCUCAAAUAACAAAAACCUACUACAUCUCAUGCUAUUGUUUGUUUUUUACUUAGAACCUUCCUUUCCAUAUUAAUGAAUAUGAAUCUAGUUACUAUAUAAUAAUGUAUUGUAAAUAAUGCUAUUUACCUAUGCUUUGUUUACAGACUGUUAUUUUUCUAUUGCUGAUAAAAAUUUAUCCUAAAAAUAACAUGAAUGGUGAAGCAUAGUGGCUUAUCCCUUAAAUCUCAGGAGGCAGAGGCAGGUGGAUCUCUGAGUUCAAGGCCGGCUGGUCAAUAGAGUGAGUUUAGGUAUAGCUUAGUGGUAGAGAGUUUUCCCAGCAUAUGUGAGCCUGGUUUCAGUACGGCACUGUUAAAAUAGAUGACACGAAUCUGUGGGUAAUUGUUCCUAGGUGAGAUAACUAGCUCGCAUGGAUCAAGUUCCUUAAGAAUUUCAACAAGGCUAAAACAAGGUGUUGGCCACUGUAGCUUUUAUUUUUCUAAGUUAUUAUGUGCAUGGUGCUUUGUCUACUGUAUGUCUAUGUAGUAUGUGCAUUCCUGGUGCCUGUGGAGGCCAGAAAAUAGAAUUAUUUUCUGGAACUGGAAUUGUGUAUAGUUGUAAGCCACCAUGAGGGUACUGGAAAUCAAACCUAGGUCCUCUAGAAGAGCAAGCAGCCAGUGCCAAAUUACUGAGUCAUUUCUCCAACCCCAUACGAACUUCACGUAUGGAAGGUUUGAGAGAGCAAAGCUUCACUCCUGUUCUGCAUUUUCCUUGAGUCCCAUUGGGGGUUCAAAAAAUAAGACUGAUAUGCUAGGCAGUGGUGAAACACGCCUUUAAUCCCAGCACUCAGGAGGCAGAAGCAGGCGGAUCUCUGUGAGGUCAUUGUCAGUCUGGUCUACAGAGAGAGUUCCAGGACAGAUUCCAAAGCUUCAGAGAAACCCUGUCUCAAAAUCAAAACAAAAAUAAACAGAUUGAUAUAAACUUUAUAGAAGAACUGUACAAAUUUAUUAUUUAAUGUAAGUAUACACAGGGACUAAAUUUGGCUGCUCAUAAGUGUUUGUGGCACAAGAGCCUCCCAAAGACAUAGAGAACAAGUCAGGAGUCAGCUUCAUAUCUGGAUGUGGUGAGCAGAGGCAGGUAGGUCUCUCUGGUUUCCUGAUGUACAUAGUGAGUUCUCAGUCAGCCACAGGUCAUCAUGAGACCCUGUCUCAGAGAUGACAGAGUCGGCUACUUAUAUAGAAUAGUAACAAAAAUGCUAAGUCAGAAUGGCUUAGUCCAGAGUAGUUAGCUUGAAAGGGAAAUGGCCAGGAAAAUAAGGGCUAGUUAUACAAAUUCAUGAGCUUUUUCAUCCUUGAUGCUGAAGGUGCAUCUUUUCACAGGAGAAUUUCAUCUCUUGCUUUUAUUUACUUAUUUUUUAAGCUUAUGUGCAUGGGUGCUUUUCUUGUUUGUGUAUCUCUUGGAACUGGCGUAACAUAGUUGAUUUUUCUCAUGGGCUGCUGUUGCUAAAAUUCCUUCUGUUCAGAUAGAAACAAUGCCUACCCCCUCUUACCUUCCACAGACAGCCCAGAGUAAGGUUGAGCUUAGUAGGCUUACUCACAGAGCAGUGGGGGAGCCACAGCAGAAAGCCUGCACCCAACAUGGAUGUGACUCCCUGUGGGCGCAUAGGUGGAAACCCUCCCAUACGCCCCAAGAUCUAUGUUAUGUGCAAUUAGGACAGAAUUGUGAGUGACUGAUAGGGACUGGUAGCUGCAUACUCACUUGAAGUCACAUGACCCUCCCCAGCCCCCCUUCUUCCAAGAGGGAAGGUGUACAGUAAAGCCCAGUUGGACUUUUGAAGAUGUCGACAGACUGGUGUAGAGAAUAGUUCUGUACUGGAUAGCAGCUACUGGAGAGAAACUGGUUAAAAAAUAAUAAAAGAAGGGGUGGGGGGCUGGGCUCAGGAGAGGGAGCUUGCUGGAGUCAUUUCCCAACCCUGACAGGGGCAUCUCUCAGUUACUUUUCACUCCAGCUCCAGGGAAUCUGCUGCCCUCUUCUGGCCUCCUCGGGGAUCUGCACUCACAUGCCCCACACAUGAAAAUAAACCUUUUUGUUUUUGAGGGAAGGUUUCACUAUGUAAUCAGGGCCUACCUGGCCCUUAACUUGGUAUUAGAGACCUGCCUACUUCUGGCUUCAGAGUUCUGGGAUUAAAGGUAUACACCACCAUGCCUGGCCCAAAAUAAAUCUUUCAAAGGAAAAAAAG